AAGAUGCUACUUUUGAAGGAAUGACUGAGAACCUUUCCUCUCUGCAGCCAGGUUACACACAGAGUGGUUCUGCGGCAGAUGCAGCUGGAGAAAAAGGAGUCCAGUGAAGGUGACUGUCACCUGGACACCUGCAGGAUACCUGAAGUACCCAGGUUGCUUUACCCCAAGGCCCAGCUCCUCAAGCCCACGAGAGUGGACGUGCUGGUCAUGACUCCCUGGUUUGCACCCAUCAUCUGGGAUGGAACCUUUGACUCUGCCAUCUUGGAUGCGCAGUUCAGAAACAUCACCAUUGGGCUGACCGUGUUUGCCAUCAAAAAAUACGUGGUCUUCCUGAAGCUCUUCCUGGAGACGGCCGAGAAGCACUUCAUGGUGGGACACAAGGUCAACUACUAUGUCUUCACUGACCAGCCGGCGGCUGUGCCCCAGAUCCCCCUCCAGGAAGGGAGGCAGGUGGUGGUCCUCGAGGUCCAAAACUACAAACGCUGGCAGGACAUAUCCAUGCACCGGAUGGAGAUGAUCAGCAACUUCUCCCAGCAGCGCUUCCUCCGGGAGGUCCAUUACCUGGUGUGCUUGGACGUGGACAUGAAGUUCAGCGACCACGUGGGCGUGGAGAUCCUGGCACCUCUCUUCGGGACCCUCCAUCCUGGUUUCUACGCAGGUGAUCGCCAGUCCUUCACCUAUGAACGCCGACCCUUGUCUCAGGCCUACAUUCCAAGAGAUGAGGGUGAUUUUUACUAUGCGGGAGGCUUUUUUGGGGGGUCGGUCCCUGAGGUUUACCGGCUCACCGUGGCCUGUCAUCAGGCGAUGAUGGCCGACCAGGCCAACGGCAUCGAGGCUGUGUGGCACGAUGAGAGCCACCUGAACAGGUACCUGCUGUACCACAAGCCCAGCAAGGUGCUGUCCCCCGAGUACCUGUGGGACGAGCAGAUGCUGCAGAGACCACCUUUACUCAGGAAACUUCGAUACGUGGCUGUGCCCAAGAACCACGCAGAGAUUCGGAACCGAUGAGAACACACUUCCCAAGAGCCCACGUUACCAGGCUGUAGCGCAUGUCAGUGGUUCUGCUGUCUUGAUAAGGGAUUGGCCAA